AUGUCGUCAGUCCUGCGCUUCUAUUCAACUUCGCAAAGGUUUGACAAUCAACAAUUUCAGAUUGGUCCAAGAGAGCUGAACACAUAUCGCCUUCCCUAUGAUGUUGGUAGUGUUAUGCAUUAUACGCCAACAGAGUUCUCCUCCUACAAGUCGGUGCCUGCUCUCACAACUGUUGACCCAAACCUCCAGCAGACUAUGGGACAAAUGGAAGGACCAUCAUUUUUGGAUGUCAUGGCCCUAAAUUUGCACUACAAUUGCCAAGGUCAGUUACAUAUACUGUUGGAUGCAAAUGCUCGUUAUGACUAUGAAGAAGUGACACCACCUACGAUGUCCCUACCUGCUGAAAUUGUGGAAAAUACCGAGGAGCAGUCAGAUGGUGUGAACACAACGGUUGCAAGGAUGUAG